AUGGCUCACACGACACCUACAAACAUUCACCUUCGCUCUGAGACUAAAGCUCUCGAGCGUCGCUCAGCUCUAUCUCCUACCUCCGCCAAGGCCCUUCUUGGGGCAGGCUAUCGUAUCAAUGUUAAACGCAGCUCCGGACGCAUUUACAGGGACGAAGAAUUCGAGGCGGUCGGUGCAACAUUGGUGCCGGAGGGCUCCUGGCCAAGUGCUCCCAAGGAUCAUAUCUUUGUGGGCUUGAAAGAGCUUCCUGAUGAUGGCAGCCCUCUUCCCCACUCGCACAUCCAAUUUGGCCAUUGCUAUAAGGAGCAAGACGGGUGGGCAGCAUACCUUUCUCGCUUCGCCCAUUGUGGAGGCAUCCUUUAUGACAUCGAAUUCUUGACUGGAGAGGACGGUCGUCGAGUUGCUGCCUUUGGAUACUAUGCUGGCUAUGCUGGCGCCGCAGUUUCUCUCAUGGCCUGGUCCCAUCAAGUUGUCCACCCAGGCGGCCCUCCUCUCGGCACCGUUCCUCUCUUUCCAUCCGCCCCCGCCUUGGUUGAAUCAGUCAAGGCUGGUGUAUCCUCUGCUCUCCCGCAUAAUUCUGGUCAUCAGCCUCGCGUCAUUAUCAUCGGUGCUCUUGGCCGCUGCGGCACUGGAGCUCGCGAUUUCUGCCUCGCAGCCGGUGUUCCUGAAUCCUCCAUUCUCAAUUGGGAUAUGGCCGAAACUGCUCGAGGUGGCCCAUUCCCAGAGAUUGCAACCUCAGAUGUCUUCAUCAACUGCAUCUAUCUUGGUGCGACACGUUUUCCUCCUUUCGUGAACGUCAAAUCACUGUCCGAACCUGGACGAAAGCUUCGAGUGGUUUGCGACGUCAGCUGUGAUCCAAACAACGCCCACAAUCCUGUGCCAAUCUACACUGAGUACAGCACAUUCAUCAAGCGUACACUCCCGGUACAGCUGGAUGGCGAUGGCCCAGAACUAACGGUGGUCAGUAUUGAUCAUUUGCCGACCUUGGUUGCAAGGGAGGCAAGCGAUGAGUUCUCGAGGCUGCUGUUACCAAGCUUGAAGACCUUGGAUAGACGCAACGAGGAUGGGGUAUGGAAGUGCGCAGAAAAGAGGUAUCGGGUAAAGGUUAAUGAUUUGCCAGCAGAAAGCUAG